AACGUAUAGACAUUCAUGAACGGAAGCAGACGACUGACAGAACGCGGGAACAUCUGUCAAAAUGAAAAAUGGUGUUAUACCUCGGUCUAAAUUAUCUUGAAAAGGCUGUCACUGCCAAACGAACGUUGCUUGGAAAGUGUUUGAUUGUGGUACCACAACAUCUUGACCACACAGAGGCUUAUCUUCACAAAGGAAAGCUUCCAGAUGAAAAGUACAGAUUUCCCUGGAAAAGAGCUAAAAAGGAUGACGAGUUUUUGAUUCAGGAGAGUGCAAACCUUAUUUCUGAUGCUUCGUGCUUGGCAACUGAAGAUGCAAAGGAAUUUGGUAUUGAGUCAUUUAUGAGCCAAAAAGGAAAAGUUAACACAAGUCUGACAGAAGAUGUAAACUUUUACCUUGAUUGUGAUGUUGUACCAAGCUCAAACCCCAGUACACAGGAUCUCUUCUCUCCUGAUGAUUUCUUUGCACAGCAGAAUAUUUUUCAGGAGAGAUUUGAGAAAGAAAAUCUGAAGUGCUUCUCAUCCACUUGUGAAUCCUUGAAGAUUGAAAGCACAGAAAACACAGAUGAGACAAGUGACUCUUGUGUAACUGUACUGGACUUGUCCAGACUAGCAUCAAAGCUGAAAGCUGUUCAUGUCAAAGAUCCUUUUCUACAAGAAGCUGGCGAUCCUAUUACAGAAAACUUCAUUUUCAGGAAUGAAAAGAGGUAUGAUAAAAAGGAAGUGGUUCCCAUGCUACAGAAUACUUACGAUGCAGACAUUGUUAAAGAAACUUUCCACAGGGAGUCGUCUUCAUCUUCAAAGACUGACUUGGAAGAUGUUGUUCUGCUAGAUCCUGACUUUUUAGGACCUGAUUCCAUUCAGUUGAUGAAAUCUGAACUACUUACAUCUCUAAGAGAAUAUAAGACUGUCAUUGUAAUGGAAAAUGAGCCAGAUGUAACAACAGUAGUAUCCAAGGAUGUGGUGAAACCAGAACAGAUACAUUUGCAGAUAAUUGAAAAAAAUGAAUACUCAUCUGCUGCUGUUGUGAACACAACUUUUUUGGAUAUCAAUGAAAUAAUUGUUACAGAACAAGAUAGACUGUGUGAGAGGGCAAUUCUAGACAGUCCUGUUGUUAAUGAAUCUUCUUCAGAUCUUAAUUACACCCAGCAGCCAUUGUCUCUUGUAGAGAGGGAAAAGUUUGAAAUGUCUUUAUCGGACACAAAUUUGCUUGAUGCAGAGAAGUGUCACAGCUUGAUGCACAGAAUUUGGCAAAGUCAGAAAUACUGUGAUGAGAUUCAGGCAUCAAGACUUCCAGAGCCAGAAUUUUCAAAGAAUACAGAGAAAAAGGAACGCACUGUCAAACGGACCAAGAGACUGUUGAAAGUAAUGGCUGACACAACUACUGGUAGUUCUGAUUUGGAACUGAACUGGGAGGUCAUCAAGUACACAGAGGAGAUAACAAAUCCUUGUAAACUACUGUCGCCUUUUAGUAAGGGUAGCAACAGUUGUGAUGAGAAAAUAGAAGCUGUUGAAAAAUUAGAAAAGUAUGGGAGUGCAGACAUGUAUGAUUGGCAAGAUGAAAACAUUUCGCUUGAAGUUUGUAAAGACAAGAAUAUGGUCAGUGUAGAGGAGGACAGAUGUUUAAAGCAAAAAAAGAAAACAAAUGUUACUGUGCAAGUUUCAGAAACACAGGGUAACCAGAUAUUCUCAGAUCCACUAGGAGACUUUAUGGCCCUACGCUCUAAGAAAACAACACUAAUGCUCAUGAAUCCAAAAGGUACUUUAUUUUCCUAG